AAAAAAAAAAAAAAAAAAAAAAAAAAAAAAAAAAAAAGACAGUGACCGCGCCGACGUAGCGCGAUCGCCGUAACGAGCUUGACAAACGUCCACGAACACUGAACGAUUCGUUCCGAGGAACGGUCGAAUCGUCGAAAAAUGCUUCAAACGUUACGAGAACGUUCCCAAAAGCGAAAAAAGUUGCUCGCACAAACGCUAGGCGUUUCGAGCGUGGACGAGCUGCGACAAAUUCUGGGCACCGACGUCGAUGACGCGCAAAGGAAACGAGUGAAAUCGAUACCGGAGAGGUCGGAAAAUGGCGCGAAAGACGCGAAAAACGACGCGGUCCCGACCGACGAGAUCGUUUACAAAGACUCGUCGACGUUCCUGAAGGGAACUCAGUCGUCGAAUCCGCACAACGAUUACUGUCAACAUUUCAUCGACACGGGUCAACGACCGCAAAAUUUCAUCAGAGACGUGGGUCUGGCGGACAGAUUCGAGGAAUAUCCGAAACUACGAGAACUGAUCAAACUGAAGGACGACCUGAUAGCGGAAACCGCCACGCCUCCCAUGUAUCUAAAGACGGACUUGCUCGCGUACAAUUUAAAAGAUCUGAACUGCAAGUUUGACGUUAUACUGAUAGAGCCUCCGUUGGAGGAGUAUCAACGAACCUGCGGCGCUACGAACGUUCAGCUCUGGAAUUGGGAUCAGAUAAUGGAAUUAGAUAUCGGCGAAGUGGCAGCCAAUCGAAGCUUCGUGUUUCUCUGGUGCGGCAGCAGCGACGGAUUGGACAUGGGUCGGUUUUGUCUUCGCAAAUGGGGCUUUAGACGGUGCGAGGACAUUUGUUGGAUUCGUACCAACAUCAACAAUCCGGGACACAGCAAAAAUCUGGACAGUAAAGCGGUUCUUCAGAGAACCAAGGAACACUGUUUGAUGGGAAUCAAAGGGACGGUUAGGCGAUCGACGGACGGCGAUUUCAUUCACGCGAACGUCGAUAUCGAUCUGAUCAUAUCGGAGGAGCCCGAGUACGGUUCGAUAGAGAAACCCGUCGAGAUAUUCCACAUAAUCGAGCAUUUCUGUCUCGGCAGACGACGGUUGCACUUGUUCGGUCGCGACGGUACCAUUCGACCUGGCUGGCUCACCGUUGGACCCGAAUUAACCAACACCAACUUCAACGCGGACCUUUAUACCGGUUACUUCGCCAAUGGUCAGAUCACCACCGGCUGCACCGAACGCAUCGAAGCGCUCAGACCAAAGUCUCCGCCGCCGAAGGGAAAAGUUGCCGGUCGUGGUAGAGGCGGUUUCAAUCGUGGACGAGGCAGAGGAAGGAACAGCGGACAGGAAAGAAAGACACAGGUAAACCCUGUAGUAAAUCAGCACCAGAUACAAGGAUAUGGAAGUGAACAGUUUACGGAUCACGAGAGACUCGGAAGAUGUAAGCAUAAGAUACCAAAAACACACUACUUUCAAAAUGUAAUGCACGUAUAAUAUUCUCCUUAAAAUAUUUCUUACAGGAAUAUGUUUUAUAAUAUACGGGUACAUUUAAAAAUCGCUAACAUUUUAUUGGCGGUGAUGAUGAUGAUAAUGAUAAUAGUAAUAAUAAUAAUUAAUAAUAAUAAUAUUAAUAAUUAAUAAUAAUAAUAAUAAUAAUAAUAAUAAUAAUAAUGAGAAGAACAGUAAUAAUGAAGAUGGCGCUGAUGAUCACGCUUAUGGUGAUGAUAAUAAUAAUAAUAAUAUAGAAUAACAAUAAUAAUAAUAAUAAUAGCAAUAGCAGUAGAGGUUGAAGAUGAUAAUGAUUAUAUGACGACAACGAUGACAGUGCAUAAUGAUGAUAAUAUAAUAAUAAUAAUAAUAAAUAAUUGAUAAUUAAUAAUACGAAGAAGAACGAGAAUAAGGAGAUAACAACGAUACGGUUAAUAAUUAUAAAUAUAAUAGUAUCACAAAAUGGCCGUUACACGAUACGAAAUAGAGAUGCAAUGCACGAAUUUCACAGAGUUUUCAGACAUUACGAAUAUCCGAUUACUACAACAUGCAAUUGUGUAAAAAAACUAGAAUAGAAUUAAAACGUGUCAGGGCUUUGAUAUUCGUUAUUUUACGUUUUUGGAUGCCUGUUUUAUAAACAAUUGUCAGAUCGUUAUAAUCUUUGUAUUUUCGUCAAACACUCGUUAAAAUUAGAAAAGUGAGACAAUUUAAAAAGGAACUUAUCGAUAACCGAUAGCUAAGAAAAAAAAAAUUAAAAAAUCUGAACAUCUAUUCCCUGUACAUGAAAAGUUGCCCAAUUAUUACCGCGACAAAUUUUUACAACGGUAUUUACAAAAUUACUACGUACGAAGAUAUUGAUCUUCGUUACGCCUAACAACUUUAGCAACAUUUAUACGAAGUCGAUCGUAAUUAAGGUUUCUUAUUGUUUGGAACUUUGUAUCUCUGUCACGCUUCCUCGUCAACAAAAUUCUAAAUAAUAAUAAUAAUAACAAUCACACUAGACGCGAUAAACUAUUCGUAGUCUUUCUGCUUUGUCGUUACACGCAAUCUAAAAGUCUAGGAAUUUUCUACGACGAUCACGCAAUCAAAAUUGAACAAAUGUAUCACACGGUCGAACGCGCGCAGAUCAUUCAAAGAUAACUGAAUUUCAAUGUUUCGGCAGAUAAUAAUAAAUUAAUUUAUAGGUUCUACCUUCGUUGUAGAAUCGAAAACCGCAACGAGAACGCCGUUUAAAAAACUCUCCAAGCCAUCAAAGAUUAACGAAUAUACAAAAGAAUGAAAAAAAAA